AUGCAGUCCAUGGCUACAUUGCUGGCACCUCUAUACAUGAGCCCACUGACUUCUUACUUCAUUUCACCCGAAGCCCCCUUCAACUGCAGAGGAUUCAGUUUCCUUAUGGCUGGUUUCUUCUUGGCAAUCUCCUUAUGCUUCGCUUGGACGCUUACUCCAGAAAGAGAGAACAAAUGCUCCGAAAUUGCUGUUUCAGGCCAGCCUGAUGAGGAGGCAGAGCAAGCACCUCUUCUGGCUAAUCGUACUGCUAACACCAUCUGCUGCUAA